AUGGAUAACAGGAUGAAGUGUUUAUUUGCUUUUUCUGCUUUAACAAUCAUUACCUGUAGCAGGAGAGACUCAGGUCUUGUUGAAACAGUCAAUGGUCCGCUAAACUACAAUGAAGAUUGGGGCUAUUAUCAAAUUAGACCGUCUGCUUACAUGUUUUGGUGGUUAUUUUCGGUGAACGCCACUGAAGAACGUCCAUUGCUACUCUGGCAUACAGGCGGUCCAGGCUCCUCCAGUACUGGCACUGGAAACUUGGAAGGAAUCGGCCCUAAAGCUUUGGACGGUAGUGAUCAUCCUUACACAUGGCUACAAGUAGCCGACUUGGUGUUUGUGGACAGCCCUGUUGGAACCGGAUACAGCUAUGUCACAAACUCUUCCUGUUUUACCAGCAACGUUCAAGAGGUUGCAGAAGACCUGUUUAAUUGGUACUCUCAAUUUUUUGACGAUUAUCCGCAUUAUAAAAAACGAAUUUUUUACUUAUUUGGAGGUUCUUAUGCUGGUAAAUUUGUAGCAGAAUUUGCAAAAAUAUUGUUACAGCGAAAACAGAAGUUUCCAGUCAACCUAAAAGGGAUUGGCUUAGGAUCAAGUCUUGUUGAUCCAUCUAGCUUGAUGACUUAUUGGGGCGCUUACCUGCACACAAUGUCGUUGGUUGAUGAGAUCGACUUAGAAGCGUUGAACAACAAAAUUUCAGAAUGCAAAGACUUAAUAACCCUGAAGAGAUGGGAUACAGCGCUUGACUGUCAUAAUGAAUUUAGGAGUCUCGCAUGGCAGCUCAGUGGUUUUCACAACCCGUUUAAUGUCAUGAAGACCAGCGAGCCUGUAAUUAUCAACGGUUCGUGCUAUUUAUCAGUGCAAGAAGAGAUGGUAAAAAAAUUUCAUCGGAAUGACUUUAUGAAAUCAGCGCUAUCGACAGUGGACUUCCUGUUGGAGAAUGGUUUGCAAGUUGUACUUCAUCAUGGCCAAUUGGAUAUGAUUGUUAACUUACCAGGGAUUGAAAUGUGGAUUAACAAGCUGCAAUGGAAGCACAAAGGGCAUUUCAAAACUGCUCACCGGCGCUUACUGUAUGGCACCAAAAACAAUCGUGCUUUGUUCUACAAAUCUUUUCAGAACCUUCAUCUGUAUACGGUUUUGUACUCUGGUCAUCAGGUAGGGGUUACUUAUUAA